CUUCGAUUUAAAGCUAUCAGAGUUGAAAAGUAUCCCCCUCCGCCUGGUGGACCUAGAAUACCCCAGCUCGACUUCCAUCAUCAUCACCAAGACCAUCAAUAUGUCUCAAUCGGACGAUAACUGGGCGGCGAACUCGAAUGACGCCCUUGUGGUGACCCUCGUCACUUCUUCGCCGACCGGCUCGAAGACAGUCACCAGUUUCAACCCAAAGUUCACAUAUCCCAUUUUUGGGGAAGAUGAGCGGAUCUUCGGGUAUCAGGACCUCAAGAUCAACCUCCGGUACAAUGCGAAUGAUAUGCGACCCAACUUGGCGAUCUCAUUCUCCAAGAAAUUUACUGCUGUCGGUGAUACAGAGCCCGCCGAUAUUGAAGGGCUGCUGAAACCGUUUCUUCCCCAAGUCGCGUUUCAGAAAGAACGAGAAUUCGAAACUGCCAUCCAACAAGUCUCCCCCAGCUGGACACCACCCGGGAAACUUGUUUUGUCGUAUAAUACGAAGGAUGGGACCUACGAGAUCUGGAAGGGGAGCCUGGCAGAUCCCGCGAUCAAACAGCUCGUGACCCGUAUUCAGAUCUUGGUCUCUCUCCUCAUCGAAGCUGGAAUGCCCAUAGACACUGAGGGAUCAGACUUGGAUAGGUGGACGGUAUACUUCCUCUACCGGAAACAACCGGUCCGUGGAGAGACCGACCAGUUCUCGUACAUGUUUGCAGGAUACUGCACAGUCUACAGAUUCUUCCUCUACCAGCCGCCGACACCGCCACCAUCUCCGUCGGAGGCUGCGCCGGCCGUGAAAGAAGAUCUGGAUCUCGGCGACGGCAAUUUCGACCUGUGCGAGCUGCCCUGCCGAUCGCGGAUAUCUCAGUUCAUGGUCAUCCCGCCUUUCCAAGGCAAGGGCCACGGACCUAAGCUCUACAGUUCGAUAUUCCAGGACUAUCUGAACCAUCCACAGACGGUGGAGAUUACGGUGGAGGACCCCAAUGAGGCCUUCGACGAUCUCCGGGACCUCUCGGAUCUCACUUUCUUGCGCACGCUCCCGGAGUUUAACGAGUUGCGGCUUAACACGGACCUGAGCAUCCCCAAGGACGGCCUCGUUCCUCGAAAUAUCGUUGUUCCUGAAACAGCAGAGGCUGUACGGCGAAAAUUCAAGAUAGCACCCCGACAAUUUGCACGCGUCUUGGAAAUGCACUUUAUGUCGAAGCUCCACGAUGUAGUGCGACCUGGCAUUUCGCCAGAGAGAUCAGCAAAGGGGAAGGCUACGGAGAAGCAGCAGCUCGAGUACAAGCUCUGGAAGCUGCUGGUAAAGCAGCGGCUAUAUCGUCAAAAUCGGGACACACUUGGCCAGCUUGAGCUGCCUGUGCGCAUCGAGAAACUCCAGGAGACGUUGGGAAGCGUCGAGUUCGAGUACGCCCGACUCCUGGCGAUGCUAGAGGGACGGCAGCAGCAAGAAACCACGGGCAAUCAUGCCGCCAAGCGGAAGUUGGACGAGACGGCAGAGACGCCCGAAAGUAAGAAGGCGCGUGUCGAGGAUGCAUAGGAGGCCCGAUGGAUGAACGUGAGAGACCCGCCACCAAGGUUAUUGAGCGGACGCAUAUUUAAUGGGCAUGCGUUCUAUACCUAGUCGCAGCAGUAGGGGGACGGUGAUGUUAUCCACGGGCAGUGUUUUAAGUAGAUACCACGAAUCAAUCAGCUUUACUCGAGCUUUUAUUGUCGCACGGCUAUGGCACCCCCGGUGAUGGGGGAAAAGGGGCCAUCAUGCCGAAGAACCUUGCCGCCAAGAAAAAUGCCACCAACCCGCAACCCAGUCCCUUAAACGCCGAGAACGGUUCUCUGCAUUCAGCAUUCGUUUUCUCAUUCCAGCAGUCCCGUCG